UCUCUCGUUUCGCCGUUUGACCCUCGCCGGAUGCCGUCUGGGCUUUAAGUGUCUGAAUCCGGAAGUGACGAUCCUUUCCGAUCUGAGAGCCAGCGGUGUUCGGGUCCCUGGAAGAGAACUCCGCAACAUGCCUCGCAAAAUUGAAGAAAUCAAAGAUUUCCUGCUGACAGCCAGGAGAAAAGAUGCCAAAUCUGUCAAGAUUAAGAAAAACAAGAACAAUGUCAAAUUCAAGGUGCGCUGCAGCAAGUACCUGUACACACUGGUCAUCACAGACAAAGAAAAGGCAGAGAAGCUGAAACAGUCCCUGCCCCCUGGUCUGUCCGUGAAAGAACUGAAGUAAAUCGGCUCUCUUCUGUUAAAUAAAAUUUAUAAAAAAAAAAACAAA